AUGGAUCAGUUAAGGGAUGAUCUUAUCCAAAUGAGAACUCAGGUCACCGCUCAGAUGGCUCAGUUCAUGGAAGUCAUGCAAAACAUGGCUGAUCGCCAAGAAGAGCUUAGAAUCAGGAUGGACACAGUUGCUCAGGUUGUUGCGGACCCCCCGCAAAGAAAUCCUGCUGAUAUUCGUGUCAAUGGUGAGCCUGUGAUCGGAGGACCUGGUGUAAUUCCUCCUGCUGCUAAUCAAAGUAAUCCUCGUGGGCCUCCCCAGCCUACUCCUGAAGGACAAACCACACAACAAAUCAGAAGGGUUGCUGCUAUCCCCGUGUUGGAAGAGGACCGACAUGAGGACUUGUUUCCUGAAAGUGAAUGGGGAUUUCCACAUGAUGCUGGAAGGAUGUUUAGAGGUCUGGAAGAAAGGAUGAGGGCCAUGGAAGGCCAAGGACUUGGUAUGGAUAUCAGUGAUUUGGGUUUGGUUCCUGGCGUCCGUGUGCCACCGAAAUUCAAAGUACCUGAUUUUGAGAAAUACAAGGGGAACACUUGCCCUAAGACACAUGUCCGAGCUUACUAUCGCAAAAUGCAUGUAUACUCUGAGGACGAAGGACUGUUGAUGCACUUUUUCCAAGAUAGCCUGACUGGGGCAUCCUUGGAAUGGUAUAUGAGGUUGGAGAGAACUCACAUCCGAAGUUGGAGGGACCUAGUUGAGGCCUUCAUAAAGCAGUAUCAGUAUAAUGUUGACAUGGCACCAAAUCGCACUCAGUUACAGAAUCUAUCCCAGAAAGCUAAUGAGUCCUUCAAAGAAUAUGCACAGAAAUGGCGCGAGUUGGCGGCUAGAGUCCAGCCACCUAUGUUGGAAAGAGAAAUGAUGGACCUGUUCACCAACACUCUGGAGGGUCAAUACUACUCCGCCUGCUCUGCAUCCUCAAGUUUUGCCGAGUUUGUUAUGAUUGGUGAGCGAAUUGAAAGUGGAAUUAAGGCUGGUAGAAUACAGAAUCCAAGUGCUGCUAGUUCCUCCUCUGGGGCUGGUGGAAAGAAGCCAUAUAAUGGGUUUGCUAAGAAAAGAGAAGGUGAAACGAGUGCUGCUUACUAUGGUAAAGGCAAAAGCCAGGCUCAUCAACAAGUAGCCGCUGUGACUAUCCCAAAUGUUCCCUUCCAGCAUCAACAACAAGGGUAUCAGCCGCGUCAGUAUCAGCAACGGCCGAAAUUGCCAGAAAGAGUUUUUGAUCCGAUCCCAAUGACAUACGCACAAGUAUUGCCAUAUCUCCUCGAUUUGAACUUGGUCCAAUUGAGGACUUUGGCCACUCCUGCUAAGUUGCCUGCCAAUUGGGAUGCCAAUGCAAGAUGUGAGUUCCACUCUGGGUCACCUGGACACAAUAUUGAAAACUGUAAAGCAUUGAAGCAUAAAGUCCAGGAUCUUCUCGACUCUAAAGCCAUCGAGUUUACUCCUACUCAAGGACCUAAUGUUGUUCAGAAUCCUAUGCCUCCCCAUGGAACCCAUGCGGCAAAUGCUAUCGAGGUUGUUGAAGAUACUCACCUGGUUAAAGAUGUGAUCGAAUUGGGUUCAUUGUUGCCAUUAUUGAAGAAGGAAUUGUUGAGGAUGAGUCUAUACGCUGGUUGUGGAAAAUUCUGUACUAAUUGCUUGGUCACUUCCUCAGUUUGUGAUAAGGUGAAAGAAGGGAUUCAACAGUUGAUGGAUAGUGGGUAUCUACAGUUUGAGCGUGUGCGACGUCCUGAAAUGGUUGAAAACGCAGUUAAUGUGGCAUCUAUCCCGUAUACUCCUGCCAAGAUUCCAAUUCCUGCCAGAGCACCUCCUUUGGUUAUUACACUUCCUGGUCCCGUCCCAUAUAACAGUGAAAAAGCAAUCCCAUGGAAUUAUGGAGGAGAAGUUUUCUACCAAGGGGCCAAGUAUGAGGUUAAAGCGCCGGUUGAGAAAGAAGAUGUUGAUAAUGUUGUGGGCAUUGGAAGAAUGACGAGAAGUGGUCGUAUUUUUAAUCCUCCCCAUAAUACUCGUGAUGACAAUGCAGAAGCUCUAGCUCAAGCAAAAGGGAAAAGAGUGGUAGAGGAUACAGUGGACCAGGGGCAAAGCUCUAAUUCUGAAGAUACUGUGGCCAAAGAGAUGGAAGAGUUCCUAAAGAUCAUCAAGAAAAGUGAGUAUAAAGUGGUUGACCAGCUGAGUCAAACUCAAUCAAAGAUUUCGAUUUUGCAGUUGCUCUUGUGUUCAGAGACACAUCGAAAUGCUUUAUUGAGACUUCUAAGUACUGCCUUUGUCCCCCCAGAAAUCUCAGUGAAUCAACUUGAAGGAGUGGUGUCAAACAUCAAUGCUGGUAAUGGAUUGGGAUUCACUGACGCUGAUCUGCCUCCUGAGGGCAGAAACCACAAUAGAGCUUUGCAUAUAUCAGUGGAAUGUAAAGGGACUAUGUUAUCUCGUGUUCUCGUGGAUAAUGGAUCUUCUAUGAAUGUAUUACCGAAGUCGUCUUUGAUGAGGCUAGAUUAUUCUGGUGUCAAGAUAAGGCCGAGUGAAUUGACAGUGAGAGCCUUUGAUGGGUCCAAAAGAUCAGUAUUUAGGGAGGUUGACUUGCCGAUAAUGAUAGGCCCUCAGCUCUUCACUAUUACCUUCUUUAUGAUAGAUAUCCACCCGUCUUACAGUUGUCUCCUGGGACGUCCAUGGAUCCAUGCUGUUGGGGCCGUGACUUCCAUAUUGCAUCAGAAACUCAAAUUCGCGACUCAAGGAAAGAUAGUCACAAUAUGUGGGAAGGAAGAACACGUGGUAAACCAUCUUGCGUCCUUCAAGUAUAUUGAUGUGGAAGGAGAGGUCCACGAGACGCCUUGCCAAGCCUUUGAGGCUGUCCAGACUGUCAAGAUCCCUUAUGUUGACAAUAAGAAGUUGGAGGCUCCCAUGUCUUCACUAAAGGAAGCUAAAGCUGUGGUUGAAUCUGGUCAUCCUGAAGGAUGGGGCCGAGUCUUGGAUCUACCAAUCAAACAGGAUAAAUGUGGGAUUGGGUAUCAGCUGGGUCAGAGUUCAUCUAAUGAGGCCUCCAAGAAGCCCGGAACCUUCGUUCCGAUCAAGUUCUCUAGUGCUGGCAUCGUCAAGGAUCAUAUUUGUGCUGCUGAUGAUGAUAUGGACAGCGAUUAUGACAUUGAAGAAUGGAUCAAGCCGUGUGUCCCGGGACAGAAGCUUCUCAACUGGUCAUCUGAAGACAUCAUCUCAACUGCUCCUGAUCAAAAGUAA